AUGAAAAUUAGGAACAAACUACUUAAGCCAUUCUUUCUUAUCGUUGUCUUGCUUCUGUUGUAUGUAUAUAUGAAACCAAGACCAAAAAAAUUCGAUCUAGAUGAAGAUCUUCAACCCACUCUCUCCUAAGGAAGAGGAAUCACUCGAGAGCAUGCCAUUCAUUUUUAUGAAGUCUUCCUGAAUAUCCUAUUAAAUAAACAUAAUAAGUUUGCUGAACAUGCUGAAAAUGUUUAUUUGAUCAAUUAUUUAAUCAGAAACGAUGUAAAGUGGAGGGUCACUGAAACUAUGCUCUUUCAAUUAUUCGAUGUCACAGGCAAUAACUACAUUAGCAAGAGCGAAUAUGAAUCAUUUGCUGAUAUGAUUGAAGAUGUAGGGGAUCGAUAGAAAUUAGAUUCAUUAAGAAUGCUAAUCGACAGAAAUAUAGACACUAAAAUUAUGAGAACCGAAUGGAUUAACUUUUGCAAUAAGGUUUUAAGACCUAAAAUGAUCCAGGAUUUGUAGGAAUGGGAAAAGUUUCAUGGGGCAUUAUCUAAUCCUUAUAAUAUCACUGCUCAAUUUACAGCCAUUAAUAGGGAUGAAAGAAAUCAUCGAGAUUUGAUUCAUUUGCAGUUGGAUAGAGGAUUACAGAUGUUACAUGAUGGAUUCAAGACCUUCGUAAAACACUACGAGGAAUAGACGAAACAUACUAAAAAUGAUAAAGAUUUAUUUGUUAGAAAAAUAGGAUUCUGGAUACUUGAAAGGUUUGAAAGAUGGGAUGGUUUAUUUAAUUGGAUCUAUUAAUUAUUAGAUGAUGAUGGUGAUGGACAAUUAACACCUAAGGAAUGUGCUGCAUAAUUGAAUACAUUUGCAGUGUCGAUGGUGCAUGUAAGAGAAAUCUUUGAAUAUAUGGAUGAAGAUGGGGAUGGCAUUCUAUUAAGAAAAGAAUGGGCUGAUUUUAGUGAGACAUUUAGAAAACUAUUAUCAGGAUAUUUUAAUUAAAAAUGA